UUUCUCUGUAGUGGUUGUUAAAGUGGUUUAAUCGUAUGUGAAGCUGCUGAUAUUGAACUGUAUGAUUUGAUCUUUCAGCUCUUCCCAGUGUCACAGCUGUGUAUGUGUUUGGAUCAGUCUGUGUUGUGUUACUGAACUCUGUUGCUCUGAUGACUGAACUGAUCCUCAAAACAGUUAAUGGUGAAGGAGCGACGGGAGACAUGAGGAUCAUCGUCUUCUCCUCUGAAUUACUCUUCACUUUAAUUCUGGUGAUUUUAAUGGUAUUUGAACCCUGGAUCACACCGUGUCUUCAGUCUUGUACGAAGUCAAUGCAGUCUCGUCGAGCUGCAGCCGCUGGAUCACAGAAUCAGGAAUCUCAGAACGCAGGAGCAGAUUCAGCCACUGGAUCGAACCAGAACCAGAACCAGAACCGGAACCAGAACCGGAACCAGAACCAGAACCAGAACCCAGCAGAGUCACAUGAGAUGAAUUCUCUUCUGAACACACAAAACCAGGAGAACAGCAGGAGCGACGGGACGGAGGAAGCUCAGCCGGAUUCAGUGGUUUCACAAUCAUAAUCAACAGAUCCAGAAAAACACUCGUGAGGAGCUUUCCUCUGAGAUUUAAGAGUCCAGUCUCAUUCUUCAUCUGUUAUUGAGGCCGUUAUUUAAUGUGUGUUUGCUGUAAAUAUAUACAGGAUGUCUUUAUAUUGAUGUAAUAGUGAUUGUCUCUUAUAACUAACUCUAGCUGUAAACUACUUCAGCAGUAGAAAUGAAACUCAGACUCCUUUAAGAUCAACGGAGAGAAAUCAGUGUUAUAAUAUUAACUUUAAUAAACACGUCUGUGGAUUGA